UCCCAUUAUAAAGUCACCGGAAGGGAGGGACGAUCCCAGCACGAGCUCUUAGUUGAUAAUGACUUAAUUCUCAAGGUGGGUACCGGAGGAUAACGUACUUCCAGUGUCUAUCUGUCCACCAGCUGGUUGAGAAGCGGCUUCCACCUUAAGUGUCGGUUAGAGCCAAGAGACACUUCAGGUCUCAAUGCCACCCGGCUCCUAGCGAAGACACGCGGCUCAGCUCGAGCUAGACGAAGAGAAGAUGACCGGCAUCCACGUGGAGGGACUGGCGGCGAUCGCCCUUUUCUACGUUCUGAUCCUCGCGGUGGGAAUCUGGGCCGCGUGGAAGAACAAGCACGCAGGCGAGGCGGAGGGCACGGACCGCAGUGAAACCAUCAUGGUCGGCGGCAGGGACAUUGGUUUAUUUGUUGGUGGUUUUACCAUGACCGCGACCUGGGUUGGCGGUGGAUAUAUAAACGGAACGGCUGAGUAUGUGUAUCUUCCUGGGUACGGCUUGGCUUGGGCACAAGCCCCUUUUGGAUAUGCGCUAAGUCUCGUCAUAGGAGGUCUGUUUUUCGCCAAGCCGAUGCGCUCCAGAGGUUACGUCACCAUGCUGGACCCGUUCCAGCAGAAGUAUGGGAAGAGGAUGGGGGGGCUUCUCUUCAUACCUGCUCUAAUGGGAGAGAUCUUCUGGUCCGCAGCCAUCUUAUCUGCCCUGGGGGCCACACUGAGCGUUAUCAUAGACAUCAACAUUAAGAUGUCUGUGGUGAUCUCUGCCUGUAUUGCCAUCUUCUACACUCUAGUAGGAGGCCUGUACUCUGUAGCCUACACUGACGUGGUGCAACUCUUCUGUAUCUUCCUGGGACUGUGGGUUUCAGUACCGUUCGCUCUGAACAACCCGGCGGUGUCAGACAUCAAGAUCAGUGCAGUGAAGGAGAUCUACCAAGCUCCCUGGAAGGGAAACAUCAAUAGAGAAGACACCUGGGUCUGGAUAGACAACUUCUGUCUGCUGGUACAUGUUGGGGGGAUUCCCUGGCAGGUGUAUUUCCAACGGGUUCUCUCUGCCUCUUCAGCUACGUACGCCCAGGUGCUCUCCUUCAUCGCCGCUGCAGGGUGCCUGGUCAUGGCCGUGCCCUCAGUGAUGAUUGGGGCUAUAGGGGCCUCCACAGACUGGAACCAGACCGCGUAUGGAGCUGUGCCUCCUAAGGAGAGGGACCAGGCGGACAUGAUAUUACCCAUAGUCCUCCAGUACCUCUGUCCUCCCUUCGUCUCCUUCUUCGGCCUGGGGGCGGUCUCUGCAGCUGUGAUGUCAUCCGCCGACUCCUCCAUCCUGUCAGCUAGCUCCAUGUUCGCUCGGAACAUCUACCAGCUGGCCUUCCGCCAAUCGGCAUCGGACACCGAGAUCGUGUGGGUGAUGCGCGUCACCAUCUUUGUGUUCGGGGGCCUGGCCACGGCGAUGGCGUUGCUAACGGGGACGGUGUACGGGCUGUGGUACCUGAGCUCUGACCUGGUCUACGUCAUCAUCUUCCCUCAGCUGAUCUCCGUCCUCUUCGUCAAGGGGACCAACACGUACGGCUCCGUGGCCGCCUACGUCUUCGGGCUGAUCCUGAGGGUCGGAGGAGGGGAGCCCUACCUCUCACUGCCCCCUUUCAUCUACUACCCCGGCUGGCGGCUGGAGGAGAGGAUCCAUCAUCUGACUGGAGAGGUGGAUCAGAUAGUGGUGCAGAAGUUCCCCUUUAAGACCGUCUCCAUGCUGGCCUCCUUCCUGGGCAACGUGGCUUUCUCCUACCUGGCCAAGUACCUGUUUGAGAGUGGCACGCUGUUGCCCAAGUAUGACUUCCUGGACGCGGUGUUGGCCAAGCACAGCAUAGAGAACAUGGACAAGACGUCGCUGGUCAACCGUAACAACAUCGCGCUGUCUGAGAUGGCGCCCGUCAAACCGCGGCUCAGCGUUCAGCUGGCGGCCGCGUUCACCCGCAGAGACACUCUGGCUGAGGAGGACGACUCCAGUCCUGAAGACGGCGCCCACCCGCGAGACCCUGGACUAACCCCUGACCUCUGACCCCUGACCUUCAAACCGGAACGUCUGGGAACAUACGGUUCGUCUCCUGGAGCCGUGGCCACACCAUGGAGCAGGUGCAUAUUAUGAUCCAGAUCUUCCAUAUAGAAAGAGACCAAAGGGAGGACAGAAGAGACUGAAAUAUACAUUUUACUAGUUUGAUAUUUAAUCACUUCGAUUUGAUUUGAUCCCAUCAUGGUCAAAGUGAGUUAUGAAGACGGAACAGAAUAGACGGAACGGAUGGAGGUAAGAGAACACCAUUGCAGAACGUUCGUUGAAAAGAGACAAGGGCUACUGUUGCUGCUGCAUGUGUCAACCACUGGAGAACGGACCGCCCUUCUGGCGUGUAGAAGACCUGGAACUCGCUCUCCCUGGUCACCGUCUGGGGGAUGAAAGGACACAGUUGGGUCCCUAUUGUUUCCUCACCUUCUGACCACUUCUUCCCAUGGACAAAACAUGUCAAGUAAAAGUUUUGUUUUAAAAAUCGAAAAGGGAUGCUCUCAAAAAAAGUUAUUGAAUUCAAAUGGAUUUCCCCACAACACUGUUACUGUGAAUUAUAUCCUAGUAUAGAUGGCCACUCCAUCAAGAGGUUAUUUCAAACAUGUAAUAUCCCUUCAGAAAAACAAAUACCCUAUUACCAUGUUGAGUAGAAUAUAUAUACAAAUAGGUAGUCGAUUUACAGCACUGUAACAAUACAAUACAUGCAAGCUAAUAUUUAUUAAUUCAAUGUUGGGUAUACAAAACCAUCUUUUUUUUUAUUUCAUGAUAUAAAAUCUAUAUAAAAGGAAUCAAACAGCAAAGUAUUUAUAGUAAUGUAGUAAUUUAAUGGCUUUAAUGAAAUGCUUUUUUUGGUGACUUUAUGUCAUAACGUCUAUAGUGGUUACUGUGAUGUCACUGAGUUAUUGCUAAAGGUCUGUCUACUUACUUCCUUACUGGGUUCCAGUUAGAAAUAUGUGUAUUUAUUUGUUGUCAACAGCAUUGUACAGUGUUAGUGGUUAAGAGCGUUGUGCCAGUAACCGAAAGGUCGCUGGUUCUAAUCCCAGAGGUGAAAAAUCUGUCGA